CCACAUAAAGGGUAUAUUUCAGCUGGUUAACCAGACAUAGGCCAUAACUAAGCCAAAAUUGCAUGGCGCCUUUUAUGUAUUAUGGCAAAUCAUAAUUAAGCCACAGGUCGCCCAAAAGACUUAGAGGGAGCUUUUCCUGUGCCAAAACAAGCCCAAAUAGGCCAAAUGUAUACCAAAACAAAGCCAAAAUGAUUUGCUAUCUGGGUACUGUCAAAAUAAAUUGAACACUCCUUUUUCAAUUGGGGUAGGCCUAUAUGGUUUAUAACUUCAUCUGUUAAGAUAUCAAAGAUAUAAAGAGUGAUGGACUCCCGCCAACCCCUCAAAAUCAUUGCGUGCUCUACAGUGUCUUUAUUUUUAGAACAAGUGUAGGCCCGUGAUGAAAGCACAGACCCCCUUCACAUGACCACUGGGUUAAGGGCAAUCCAUCACCACUCUACCAUCCCGUGUUGGGGGUGCUGAAAGUCACCUUAUUUGAUUAGCCAGCCUGCCUGCCUCGCUCUGCACCUAGCAGCACCAGCGCGGCCCAAACCGUGCUCACCGCAGUGAUUACCUUAAUGGUCUCUCACAUGAUUUAUUUUUUCCCUUACAUCCUCGUAUUUUCUAUGCCACCCAAAGACCCCACACAAUCCUUUCCUCCGCGAUGCCAUGAAUCAGCCGUUUUUUUUUUUUUAUGUCAAAGAGCACCACUGCGGAUAAUUAGGGAUAGGUCUGUAAUUCUUUGAAAUCUUGUUACUGUAUGUAACGUAUUGGGUUUCAAAGAAGCGUAGCCUAGGCCUAUAAUUCACUAAAAUUGUGACUAUGAACUUCACUUACCCAUGUAACCCAAAAGCAGCGAAAAUUAGGUUUGGUGAACUUGAAGUACAUUUGCCCUGAAAUGGGUUGAAAUAAAUAAAUUGUCUUCAACAGCAGACUCCCUUGAAGGGAAUGCCGGGUAUGCUAGGCUAUUUAGCUAAUAGACUCAAGAAGACAAAGGACUUGUGACUUCAGUGUAGUUUGUGGAAUCUGUGCAAUGUGGAAGUAGGCUACUGUGCCAUGUGAAAACAUGGAAAUGAAAAAGUAUCUUUCAUGGCCAUCACGGGAGCCUGCACCAUCUCUCAUUUUAUCUAUGACGCCUCUCAGCAAAGAUUGAACUGAUGCCCCUGCUCGUGACCACACAGAGAGAUGAGUAAUGUGGUUGUUAUGGCGAUUAAUGGGUGAGGGGAGUGAUGACGGCUGGACCUGGAGGAGUGGAGAGGGCAGAAAGGUGUUUGCGGUGGCUGGAGGAUAGACAGACAUUAGUGGCUUUGACAGAAGAACUCUGGAGACGUGGAAGACUCCUCAGGGCCUGCUGACUUAGGUUAGUCGGAGUGCAUUAACUGUGUGACUCGCUCCGUCAGGUAAAGCUUGAUGGUUUGCCCAGAAAACCCACAGCAUCACUUUAUUUGGCUCAGUGACACUCGCAGUAAUUGGGUUCAACAGUGUUGAGAUAACCUGAUGCAGAAAAACAAGUGCUGCCAAUGGAUAUCAGCCAUAGACACUACAUGAUGGUUGUGUGUGUGUGUGUUGAUGAAAAAUGUUGGUAACCUGUUAGUUUGCUUAUGAACAUGUUUCUUGAGCCUGUCAUAAGAAUAUUUUAUAACAAUGUCAUAGAUAUGUUGUGGAUGCCACAGACUGCCAAAAUGUAUGACAUAACUUUCUUCUUGGAAGUGCUGUCCUGACAAGCUCUACUUCCCCCUAUUCCACAUGCUUUCCACAAGUUCUCAACACAGCAUGGUGCAUUAACUGCAGAAAGUAUCCAGAACUCAUAUAGCCUACUUAUUUACGGUUGAGUAAAUAAAACAUACAUGCCAUUUAUUUUCACUGGGAUUUUUAAAUAAUUAAAGUCAGAAUCAGUAAUCGUCUGCUUGCCAGAGGUCUAUUUGUUAACAGCAGGCUCGACUAGACUGAAUCACAUGUUAUUUCCCUGGUUUGUUCACAUAUUCACCAGUGGUUUAGUCUUGUCACCUCAUUUUUAGGAUGGAGGGCGCAAAUAAGCACACGGUGCAAAUCCACAAGAUUGACCACUUUAAUAACCCUGACAGACUAGUGCAUCUUUCUGCUCCCGUGGGCCACUUAAUGCACACAUUUUCAUCACCGUCCUAAUUCCCUAACUUCUUUAAAUGGACCGGGGGCAGCUUGUAGUCCCUCACUUCUGAUUUUCCGUCCUUCCUUGCCCCCCUUUCCCUAGGGCUUCUAGAAGCCUGGUCAUCCAUUCUGUCUCUUUCUCUCCAGGGUCCAAACACAAUGAGCAUUGCAGGGGUAUAUAAGGUCCACCACAAUGUCCUCCACCACUGAAGUUAGCCUGUGCUGCUGGAGCAGACAAAGUUGCUGUACUAUCGAUACCCACGUAGAACACAAGCCGAGCGCAGCCGGGUACAAGGCUCUGAGCAACCAGCACUCCCGUUAACAACACCAGUACUAGCACUCUCCUCAGACACCUGAAGAAAAUGGAGACGGGAUCAUGGCUGACUCUGCUUGGGCUCGUCCUGGCUUUGGCUGCGGUGGGGCACUCUAUCCAGGAGGAAGGAGCUGGCCAGCACCAGCCCACGGACUCAGAGGAGAAUCUGGUGGAGAGGCUGGACAGAUUGGACAUUGAGGAUCCGCUGAGUCGUGCCAUUGAGCAACGCCUCUUGUACCCAAUCCUUCGCUCCCUUUCCCAGGGCUCCCAGAGAUAUGGACGCAACCCCUCUGUACUUCACCAGCCACAGAGGUUUGGGCGUGGCACUGGAGGAGACGAGGAGCCAGAGAGGAUACAAUCCCGCGACUGGGAGACCGCCCCUGGUCAAAUCUGGAGCAUGGCUGUGCCACAGAGAUUCGGCCGAAAGUAGAGCAGGAGACCCACGUGACCGACGCUGCCUGAAAGACGGAGAGAGAAGGACCAAUUAGGAUCAGCUGAAUUCCAGGACUGGCAGACAGACAUGAAUUAAUAACAUAUGCACCCGUUAUAUUUUUUAAAGAAAGGCUUACUCACAUCUCACCACCCCACCCUCUCUCUCUCUCUCUCUCACUCCCAACCUAUUGGGCUUGGCACAGAAAACCUUAACCUGCAUCAUGCCAUUCGUAUUGUAGCCAAUCACAAACCUCCACCGCAGUUUUCAGGCUCUCACUCAGCCAGUGGAAAGAAGUUGGCAUAGUUUGGAGUGUGUGUGUGUGUGUGUGUGUGUGUGUGUGUGUGUGUGUGUGUGUGUGUGUGUGUGUGUGUAUUGGAAUGUAUGUGCAUGCCUACAUAGUGCAUCUGGUUGGUUUCCUAAAUUAACAUGCUAAAUUGAAUUUAAUGCAGAUGUACAAUACAGCAAAAUAUCAUUAGUAUGCAUUGGUAUGUAGCUUUUUCUCAUAAUAGGCUUAUGUUGUGAGUGCAAAUAAAUUGGCUUCUUUAAUGAAGGUAUGCCCUUGUCUUUACUUACAUUUUCUUCACUGUCAUCAUACAGCAAGUAUAUUUACCAGAAGCCAGUCAUUCUGCAGUAGUCUAACCACACUCUCCUCUCAGCAGCCCUAUAAUAACAACCUGCUGUGCUCAAGUCGAAUAGCUCUCUGAGCAUAAAACAGGCCAUCAUAUGUCGCAAACCAUGACUUCAGAGCUCCGCAAGUCACCGACAGAUGUGCUCGUUAAGGGUGGCCAUCACAGGCCAUUUUAUUUAUUUACAUGUGUGGUUGUUAUGGUGACAGGUCGGGAGCCUUGACAUGCUCACAUACAGGAAGCUCAAAUUGGCCAAAUUGGAAAAAAGUGUGUGUGCAGACAGGAAGGAAUUUUAUGAUAAUGACAUGAAAUGAGGACAUUUAAGAGAGACAAUUAAAUAAAAAAUGUAUCAUCAGAAGGGUGAUACAAAUGAUAAGGGGUACUAAUUUACUGUAAAUGUCAAUGAGUAGACUUACAUAGACUAGAUAAAAAAUAAGAUAAACAUAUAAUCUACAGAUACAAAAACAAUCAAACAAACAAACAAACAAUCUGAUCUGUCUCCCUCUCCUUCCCUGUCUGUCACUGUCCAGCCAUCUCAGUUAAAGAUGACUACAGAAGAAGUUAUAGCAGCCUGUCACU